AUGACCUUGGUGGACAUAAUCUUCAAUUAUGGUGGAGAAUGGAUUAAAAAACCAAAUGUCAUGUAUUCAAAGAAAUUAAUCGAUACUUGGACAGGUUAUGAUCCUGACCUCCUUUCCUUUUUUGAUAUCGUAAACGAGUACAACAGUAAGUUUGGAUAUUUAGGUGUUCAACAACUUAUUGUUACCGUUCCCUCUGGUAACUAUUACGAGAUAGAUGGUGAUAAUGGUAUAAAGCAGUUAUUGUACUUAGUGUCUGAGGAAUUUAAGGUCCUUAACAUAUAUGUUGUAAAUGAAGGCGAGGAAUUAAUAGAAGUUCAUAAUAUUUCUCAACAUUCUGAGUCAUAUGUUGCAACAACUGAAGCUGGUACAACUGAAGCUGGUACAACUGAAGUUGGAACUGACGGUGAGAGUGAUAAUGAGAGUGAUGAUAAUCAUGUCGAGGUAGAAUGUGAUUCUGAUGACUUGAAUAAGAUUGCCUUUCAAAAAAAUAGGAUCAUUGAUGUAACGUUGCUAGAUUACAAGGAGUUAUGCAUAGGUAUGAGCUUCAAGGAUAUACCCGAAGCUAGAUUAUGCAUUAACUUGUAUGCUCUUGUAAACAAAAGAAACUUGAAGCAGUUGAAAAGUGAUCCAUCAAGGUUGAGAUAUGAGUGUGUUGCAGGAUGUUCUUUUUCAUUACAUAUUUCUGGAGAUAAAGACAUGCCGGGGGUUAGAAUAAAAACCUUGAAAAAUACGCAUGAUUGUAACGAAGCAUUUGACAAUGGAAGGGUUGAUCAUCUUACAAUAGUGUAUUAUUUAAAGUCUAAAUUGCAAAAUGACCCAAAGUACAUGAUCAAGGAUAUGAGGGAUGAUUUAAAAGAAAGAUUUGAUGUCAAUAUUAGUCAUGGUAAGUGCAAGCGAGCUAAGCGAUUGAUUUUGGAAAAACUUGAAGGAAGCUUUACAGAUGAUUAUAAUAGACUUGAGGCUUAUGCAAAUGAGCUAAGGUCUAGUAAUCCAGGAAGUGAUGUGAUUAUAAAUAUAUCGAAGGAUGCACUUGCCAAUGCAAAACGAAGAUUCUUGAGGAUGUUCAUUUGCUUUCACGCACUUAAAAUGGGUUUUAAGGAUGGGUUAAGACCCUUUAUUGGCUUAGAUGGAACCUUUUUAAAAGGGAAAGCCAAGGGCCAAUUGUUAACUGCUGUUGGUCAAGAUUGUCAGUCCCAUAGUUACCUUAUUGCCUGGGCUGUUGUUGACAAAGAGACAAAAAGAACAUGGAACUGGUUUUUAGGCCAUCUUAAAAGGUCAUUAGAUCUCAGGAGGUGGGUCAAGGAAUUGUAA